CGAGGAAUAAGACUAGUCGUCUAGAUGUCUUAUUCUUUGCUUGUUAAAUUGAAUCCGUGGAAACCCCGAGUGCCAUCUAUGUCUCCUGUCGCACAAUCCUCACUCGACCCUCUUCCCUGAUUUUUAAACCCCCAAAACGAACACAGAAACAAGAUUCUCGCUGCUCUUCGAAAGUUCAAAUUUGGAACUUCCAUAUAAUCAAGUAUUAAAAAAACCCACUCAUUUGUCGAACUAUUCUUGGAUAGAUAAUAGAAUACAAUAAAUACAGGGUGUAGUAAUAGUAUUCACUCCAAACCCCUAUGAUUAAUUAUCUUGCCAGAAAGACUUGUGUGUCAUCCCUCAACUUGAGUUUAUUCAAAUAACUUUGGCUUCGGAUUUGCAAGAUUCGGGUUGGAUUUGAUGCUGGAAACUUGAGAUCUGAAGUAAGUAAGGAGCAGGAGGAGGAGGAGGAGGAGGAAGAGGAAGAAGAAGAUACAGAAACCUGCACCUUCAAUGGAACCUCCAACAGGGUUUUGGAAAUCUUUAGGCCAAUUCAUCCUUUUCUUGCCUUAUUUCAUUGGCCUUCUGCUUCUAGGCUUCAUUAAAGGAAUCAUUUUUGCUCCAUUAAUAUGUGCUAUUCUGACAAUUGGAAACUCUACUAUUGUAAUUGGUCUUUUCCCAGUACAUGUUGUAUGGUCUUACUUUUCCAUAUUGAGUGCUAAACGAUUAGGACCUGUGAUGAAAGUGGUUGCAUGCAUUUUGUUUACACCAGUCUUGAUUUUCUGGCCUGUUGCAAUGAUUGUGGGUAGCAUUCUUGGUGGCUUAGCAUUUGGUUUCCUUGGGCCAAUGUUUGGAACUUUUAAAGCUGUUGGUGAAGGGAAAACUGAUCAGUUCCUCCAUUGUAUUAUCGAUGGAACUUGGGACACUGUUGAAAGAAGCUUUACACUUGUCAGAGACUUAUUAGAUGUAUGCUUCUAUUCAUACUUCUCUAUGAUGGAUGACCUUCGAAAACAAGGCCUUCCAGAUUCUAAAAUUGAGAUCAGGAUAGUCUAUUGUCCUGUAUCGAUUCUGCUAGGUGUAGUUGGAGUGUUGGUUGACUUUCCAGUGAUUACAGUUAUAGCUGCAUUGAAAAGUCCAUACAUGUUGUUCAAAGGGUGGCAUCGUUUGUUUCAAGAUUGUGUGGGUAGAGAAGGCCCUUUCUUGGAGACCAUUUGUGUGCCAUUUGCAGGUUUAGCCAUCUUGCUAUGGCCAUUGGCUGUUGCUGGAGCUGUGUUAGCUUCCAUGAUAUCUGCUAUCUUUCUUGGUUUAUAUGCAGCUGUUGUAUGCUAUCAGGAAUCGUCUUUCUAUCUUGGGCUUUGCUAUAUUGUAUCUGCAUUGUCCAUCUUUGAUGAGUAUAGCAAUGAUAUUCUUGAUUUGCCCGAGGGAUCUUGCUUUCCCAAGCCUAAAUAUCGGCGCAACCCUGGAUUGUCUGGUUCGAAUUCUUUCUCAAGGGCGGGAUCGUCUAAACAUCAACCGUCUCGGUCUGGAUCUCUGCGGGCCCCCAUGAUUGAAUUGAAGCCGUUGGAGUUGCUGGAUGGUUUCUUCUCAGAAUGUCGUCGACAGGGUGAAUUCUUGGUGUUGGAAGGAUUAAUAACAGUAAAAGAGAUUGUGGAUGCAAAAUCCAACAAAGAAAGUGGAACCGUAAUAACCAUCGGUGUACCCGCUUAUUGUCUUUACCAAUCACUUUUACGCUCCGCAAAAGCCAAUACUGCCGGUCUAUUGCUCGCGGAUAAUACGGAGAUAACCACCCUAAACAGACCCAAAGACACGAUCUAUGAUUGGUUCUUGAACCCGCUUUUGGUCAUCAAAGACCAAAUCAGAGCACAAAAUCUCACGGAAGCCGAAGAGGAUUAUUUAGGAAAGCUAGUUUUGUUGAGUGGUGAUGCCCAAAAGUUGAAAAUUUCCAACAUUGGUCCCCCACCCGAGUCCGAGCUUAGACGGGCUGAACUUGAGGCCGUAGCUCGAAGGCUUCAAGGGAUAACAAAGUCGAUAUCAAGGUACCCAACAUACAGAAGACGGUUUGAGAACGCGAUGAAGGCGAUAUCUGAAGAGCUUGAGGGCAGGGAUGGUAGUAACAGAGGACCUCAAACUGUUCCAAGGUCCAAAAGUACAUUUGGCCGGAUUUUUAGCAGACAGAGAUCCUCUAGAAACAAAACAAGUAAUCAUGGGGUUACACAGGAGGAUGAACGAGAUGUCAAUAUUGUAUAAUCACACCCCUUUGUAAAAACAACGUAUAUUUCAGGCCAUUCAAGAUUCUUUGUGUUUUCAUAUGUUGUUAUCUGUAAUCAUUACAACCGGAAACUUUCCCAAGAAUAGUCGAUUCUUUGAAUAAUUUAACUUUCAGGAGC